CUUCAAGCGGAACUUCAAAAGCUAUAACUCAAACGUUCUGCACACAGAGACCUGAUGAUUCCACAGUGAUACAAGAUAACUCAAAUGUUCUGCACACAGAGACCUGAUGAUUCCACAGUGAUACAAGAAGUGUUUAUAUCUUUACUGACCUUGUUUGGCACUUAAAGGAACUCUGGAAUAGCAGAUGAAACAUGCCACAGCAAUCUGUCAUUACCAACAUCUCAGUUAUGUCCUGUUAGUGAUAAAGAACAACACAGUGCGUAUCAAGAGCCUUGGCAGGCACAGUACAGAGGGCACAACGUUCCCUGGGUACCUGCAGCAGGAAGCAGCACACACACAACAGCUGAAGAAGCCACUGACUCUGCAUCUGUACCUCCCUAGUGCCAGACCCGUGGAUGAGCCAGAUGACAUUGGCAGUGAAGAUCGUCUGUUUGAGAACCAGGCAAAAGGUGGUCACGCUUGUAUCUCCCGGCAGAAUACUAUCUUUCAGGGAUCCCACAAAGACCUCCAGACAGGCGGUAGGGGGCACACCGCUCACACAGACAGUUUUCGAAGACCAGACAUCCAUCCUCAUCCAGGCGGCAGAAGUCUUCAUCCAAGCGGGCAGCAGUCCUCAUCGAAGCCGGCAGAAGUCUUCAUCCAAGCGGGCAGAAGUCUUUAUCCAGACGGCAUCUUCUAUCUUCAUCCAUCCAGCAUCUUCUAUCUUCAUCCAUCCGGUGCAGAGCGGGUCCAUCUUCAAGACAUCCGGCGCGGAGCAUUCUCUUCUUCCGAUGCUCAACGAAGAAUGACGUUUCCCUUUAAGGAGCCAGAAGAAAGCCACAGAGGAGACCCCCAAUGUCAAAGUGCAAACUACAUCCAGUAAAGCAAAAGAAAAAAAGAUCCAUGUGUCAUGCAAGCAGCCUCUCAGCACAGCUUACGUCUCUGUUUGCUUUAAGGAAGACCAAAAUACACAAAGCUUGCCUAUUCAGAGUAGGUAUAACAAUAAACGGACAAUCAAGAGGAAUAUAAACCGAUCAGCAUGUAAUAUGGGAUAUCGUCUGCUAUCCUAUCACAGUGAUAGAACUCCCAAGACCUCAGAUUUUGGGUUAAAUAUCAUAUCUCUACAAUACACAGAAACCAAGGUCUUAAAGUCUUGUGUGGAGAGCCAGGCAGCAAAUCUUGACAUGGAUGAGUUUACAAUGUUAGUUAAAAGAACGUAGUAAUACGAAACUACUUGCAUCAGGGAUAAGUACAUUUUAAAAAUGUUCACAAACCCUAAAAUAACAAUUAAAAAAAUGCUGGAAAAUGAAAA